CUUUAUUUUGAUGCGAAGGCGCGAGAGGAAUUUUCGAGAUUGACGGCUGAUGAGUUAUGCGUUACGUUUUUGCGGCAGUCCGUAAAAGGCGUGUAUGAAGUGACAGUUCAGCAAAAAGAUGGUCGCUCAGUUGCAGAUCUCCUAAUUUCCAGAGGUUUUGCUGUGCCAUUCAAAUGGGGCAUUGGACCUCCACUACCGUCCUAUGAAACAUGCUCACUUGUACGUUCCGAUGAUCUCGAACAUGUGCUACCAAUCUUUACUGCUCAACUAUCGGACCAUCUUGAAACGGUUGAUCAGGUAAUAGAUGUAUAUGUGUUAUUUACGUUACUUUGA